AGCGGAGACACACCGGUUCAUCACGGACAGACACCGAGCAGAGGGCUCAGAGGACCGAAGAGAUGAGGGACGUGAAUGGAACCAAGGCCGAAGGCGAGACCGGGUCCGGGUCCGGAUCUGACGAGCUCAUCUUCUUUGUUAAUGGAAAGAAGGUAAAAAUAAUUUAUAUUCUCGUUAAAUUAGAUAAAAUUUAGACGGAGUUCUGAACGUGACCCUGAUGCUUCACUGAUAUCAAGCUGUCAGAGCGCCUAAAUACAGAUAAUGAAUAUUUACAUUUAUCUACAGUGUGUCAAGCUUCUGUUAUUUAUACCUGACAGCAAUUUUUCCAUAAAUUACAACAUCUCAUUUUGGUUUUGUGUGAUUCAUUCAGUCAUAUGGUUUUCUCCUACUUGAACUUUGAUAACCAUCUGCAACUUCCCCAAAUAUUUUUAGGAGUGAAAAUUCAGGAGAAAGAGACUUUUUUAAAGCAGUGAAAUAACUUACUUUACAGCAGAGUGCAACAGAGAGUGAGUAUGGAAAAGUGAACAUGUGAUGAUCUAUGGGAAACAUGAGAAUGCGGAACAAAAAUGUGGAUUUAGUCACUUUACGGGCAACUCAGAUGUGCAGGAGCAGAAAAAGACAAGAUCUCAAAAUACACACAGGAUAUAUUGAAAUCUUUAUGAGAGUUAUUUCUAACUGAAUCCAGGUGGAAACACUGACACAAAGCAUAAAAAUAUAAGGAAUACAUAUAAAAUUGAAUCCAGUGUUUGUGCUUCAGUCAUGGCUGCUGUGCGCUCGCUGAAGUUAGAUGCAUAUAUUUUGUUUACUUAUCUGCCUUGAGUCCUGCUCUGACUGUUCAUGCAUACUGUGGUUAAAUGCACAUCUAAUUCGAUAAAUACUGUAUCAAUAGCAACAGUAAUACUAUAAAUUUUCUGCACAGACCAGAAAAAUAUUAAUUUUACCAUCAAAUUGUUUCUAUUCUUCUUUGAUACAUUGAAAAUAUUUAUCUCAGGGUCAAUGCAGCAAAAAAGGACCAGAACCAGUGCGUGGUAGUUUUGAUAAGACCUAUACAAAUAAAUUCAUUAUCAUGUUAUUUUUCAGACUGACAGGAGGCUUAAAAAACAAGAAAAACAGUUUAUAGAGAAAAUAAAAGAGGACCUAGCAUGGAACCCUGAGGCACACCACAAACCAGAGAGGCUGUAUCAGACAUGUUAAACCAAUCAGUUUUAUUUAGAUAGCGCCAGUUCCCACUCAAUGUUGUCUCAAGAUAAACUAAAACAUUAUUAGAUCAUACUCUUUGUUAUUUAAUACAAGCGACACUCAGAAACGCGUGUCCAAAAGACACAAAACCAUCAAUGAUUUUUUAACCUUUUUAAUUAUUUAUUCAUAUUUAUUAAUGUAUAGCUUUUAUUAAUAAAUGUAUUUAUGUAUUUAUUUAUUUGUUAGUGUAUUUAAAACAAAGGAAGUAUGUGAAAAAUAACAAAUUAAAUUAAUUUUUCUGUAUUUUUUUAUUUUUUUUGUGUUUUUUCUGAAAUGAAAAUGAAAUAAAGUAAAAAAAACUAAAUAAAAGGAAUUUUAAAAGGAAGUAAGAAAAGGAAAAGUAUGAAAGAUAUGCCCACAUGUGACGUUUCAACCUCUCUGGGUCUUCUUCAGGCUUGGGCACAGUCAAGAGCUGUUAAAUUAUUAUAGCUUAAGUGAAACGCAGGAGUCACUUUGAAACUUUGGUGUUUAUUUUUGUUCCAGCUCUUAUAUAAUCUCUCUGUGUUUGUCUGUAGUUCUGUAACCUUCGCUCAGCUCCUGUUUAGAAAUAACUCCAAACUCAGAAGUAUUUGUGAAUUGUAAAUCUGCCGCUCAUUAAAGACAGUUUAAAAUCAUAUAAUGGGAUAGAUUUACACGGGUUAAAAUGUGACUUUUCACGGGUUCAUAUAGCUUAGAAAAGAGACAGAUUUAACAGAGCGUUUUGACCUGUGGUCCGAUUUUUGUCAAUAAUUGACUGUAAACACACAUGCAGAAAAAAACUACUGGAAGCUGCUGAUUAAAAAAAAGGAAACACCAGUGAAUACUCGAUACACUGACCAAUAAUGGUUAUUCUCUAAUUUGCGUCUUAUGAUGAAUAAAACCUUAUCUUCAGAGAUUUUUGUUCCUUGUUUCACUCUUCACAUUUAAACACCAGUUUGCAUGAUUAUUUCUGUUUCCUUUGUCCUUUGUGCUGCAGAUCGUGGAGAGAAAUGCAGAUCCUGAGAUGACCCUGCUGACUUAUCUGAGGAGGAAACGUAGGGGCGCACGCACUCACAGAAAACACACACACACACUCUUUUAAGAAUGUGUGACUAUAAAACCCUCCCUCAACAGAACACAUUGUGAUAUUUUCUCUUUGUUAAAUGUCCAAUUUUCCACAUUGAAUUUGUAUAUAUGCUCUGGCACAACAAAUAGAGCAGAAAUCAGAUAUCAGAUUAUGGAAGAACAAAUUCAGCAAUAAAUCAGUCUUUAUUUUGAAAGGGGUGAAAUCUCUUGGCUCCUGCUCAGUUCUGGCAAGUUUAAACCGGAUGGUUAAAGUUCUUAAAUAAGUCUUUCAUGAAAUGAGGUUUGGCUUAUUGGUGUUUUUAGACGCAGCGGGAUGAGCGACUGUGAGGUCAGUGAGGGUCAGAUCCUUAGAGGACAAAAAUGUCCUAAAAGUGCCAUGAAAAUAUUAUACUUUAAUAUUUUUUCCACUUUUCUUUUGCUUAAAUAUUUUAAUCAACUUCAUUCUUGAUCAUAUCUAUCAAAUAUCAAUUUUUUUCAGAAUUUUAACCUUUUAAAUGCCAGUUUGACUACAUGAUGUUACUGUUAGUUUUAAUGGGAAAAAAAGGAAUUUGGAGUUAAUUUCCAUAUAUAAGAUGCUGGGUCGGUUUAUGAUGUGUCCUAUGAUGUGAUAGACCUUGAUUUAAAAAAAAAAAAAGAAAUUCCUGUCCAGCAUCUAAUAAAUGGAAAAUAACUCCAAAUUCCUGUUUUUCCCAUUAAAAAUAACAGUGACAUCAUGUAAUCAAACUGGCAUUUAAAGGGUUAAAAUUCUGAACCCUUAAAAUCACUCUGUGGACCCUUGAAACUUCCUUGAGAAUCCCUGAAACUUCAAAUAGUCUUGAAGGAGCUUCCUUGAAGCUCCACUGGAACUCCAACGAGGAUUUAUCCAGGCUUUCUAAGGACACCUUGAGGAUUCAAACUCUAAUCCAGUUAAAGAAAUCCGUAAAAAAAAAAAAUGCCCCUGGCUGAUCAGCUGAGACUAAAUGUGACGGAGUUUAACACAAGACCGAAGAACAACUGAUAAAGUGUUAAACUGAGCGUGAAACAUGAAGAUUUCUGUCAAUGAUCCUGCGAUUUUACAAUACGUACAUUUGUGUGUGUGUGUGUGUGUGUGUGUGUGUGUGUGUGUGUGUGUGUGUGUGUGUGUGUGUGUGUGUGUGUGUGUGUGUGUUCAGUGGGUUUAACAGGCACCAAGCUGGGCUGUGCAGAGGGUGGCUGUGGAGCGUGUACCGUCAUGCUGUCCAGAUACCAAACACACACCAACCAGCUGCUGUAUCCUUGAAGCAUGUGUUAGUGUGCGAGUCUCUUUAUGUGUACACUCUGUGUGUAUAUGUGUGUGUUUAUGUAAUGAUGAUAAAGCCGAGGUCACGCACUCCUAUCUGACAUCUCAAGCCUCCCGCACUGACACACAGCUGAUAAUCACACUUACUCAGAAGGCCUUUAACUCCCAUCCAGUCAUUACGCUGUAAACGCCUGUCUCGCCCCCCUCUGUUCACUACACUUGGUUGCCGUGACGACUGUGGAGGGCAUCGGCAGUGUGGCGAGAAAACUUCACCCUGUACAGGUAUAACUAAACAUUGAACUCUUUGAAUAACUAUAAAAUUGUUGAUUGUGUAAAUCAUGUUCACCCAAAGUUUAAGCAGAGCACUUUUAAAAACACAAAAUCAGACGAGUCGCAGCGUUAGGGUUUUAUGCUGUGGUUGAUAAACAUCAAUUAAUGCUUGUGUUUGUAUCUACAGGAGCGAAUAGCGAAGGCUCACGGCUCUCAGUGUGGUUUCUGUACUCCGGGGAUUGUCAUGUCCAUGUACGCCCUGCUGAGGAACAAUCCUAAACCCAAAAUGGCAGAUGUGGAGGAGGCCUUUCAUGGUACUGAUGGAGAUUAUGGGCAUAGUUAUGGAUCUGUGGUUUUUAUAAUACACUUUUUAAACACCACCUAGAUGUGUCCUGAACACACUUUCUUUUUCUUUAGGAAAUCUGUGUCGCUGCACCGGAUACAGACCUAUACUGGAGGGAUACAAGACUUUCACUGUGGUGAGACUCAGACAGUUUCUCUUGUACAGAAAUGUCCUUUGAGAUAGAAAGGUUAGGGAAAAACCUGAUGAGUGUUUCCUUCAGGAGGGUGGAUGCUGUGGAGGCCGGGGGCGGGAGAAUGGCUGCUGUAUGACCAACGGGAACGGAGUCGAGGAGAGCUCAAACAAAGAUGAUGAUGUGAGUCCAACUUCCUGUUCUGACCUGUUUUUACACGUUUUAGAAUAUAAUUUAAUACAAUAUUUUACAGGUAAAUAUUCAGUUAAAAUAUUGGAUGUCCAAAAUAGAUGUGGGUAAAUUUACAAGUGGAGAGGUGAACGUGGUAUUCUGGGGUGUGGGCUUCUAUAAUGCUAUGUUGAGGAGUGCUGGGUUGCGGAAUGUGAUGUCCUGGAUCAUGGGGUUCUAGAACACUAUAUUUAGAAGUAAUGGGUUCUGGAAAGAGAUGUUCUGAUGUGUGUGGUUCUAGAAUGCUAUAUUUAGGAGUGCCGGGUUGCGGAAUAUGAUGUCCCAGAUCGUGGGGUUCUAGAAUGCUGUAGUCAGGAGUGCUGGGUUCCGGAAUGUGAUGUCCUGGAUCAUGGGGUUCUAGAACACUAUAUUUAGGAGUCCUGGGUUGCGGAAUAUGAUGUCCCGGAUCGUGGGGUUCUAGAAUGCUGUAUUCAAGAGUGCUGGGUUCCGGAAUGUGAUGCUCGAGAGUGUGGGGUUCUAGAAUGCUAUAUUCCAAAGUGCCAGGUUCCAGUGUGCUCGGUUCUAGAAUGCAGUGUCCCAGGAUCCAAAGAGUGUCUUUCAGAAUGCUGGAUCCCUGAAUUUUGGGUUACGGAAUGCAAGGUUCUUGAACGUUCUUCCUGGAACAGUACAGAAUUCUAGAAUAAGAGGUUCAAGGGGACUUUUAAAGGAUGCUUUGACCGUAGCUGAUGUGAAAUAUUUCGACAGGGGCUGCGAUGAGGGUCUCCUGAGAAGCCUGUUUGAAAUAAAUCAUUUUAAUCUGUGAAUCAUGUGAAGCCUCUGCAGAGGAGUCAGAGGGACGAUAAGGAGCCGGAGAGAGGGGGCAUAACUGACCUUUUGAAUGUUUCUGACUGUAGACUGUGCGUCACUUGCAGGAAGCCACGUCUCUUUUUAAUCCAGCAGACUUCGCCCCCCUUGACCCCACACAGGAAGUCAUCUUCCCCCCUGAACUCAUGGUAAACAUCACACAACACACACACACACACACACACACACACACACACACACACACACACACACACACACACACACACACACACACACAGAUACUUUUUUUUUUACCCACAACGAUUCAUAUGAAACGAUUAAUUUCUGAUAUGAAUAGGGACAUCAUCGGCAUACAGCUGAACAUAUUUGGAACAACGACAGACUUUACACAUUAACUCACAUUAACUAAGGUUGAUUCAGUGUGAAUAUUCUGUUUCCUAAUGACAGACCUUUACCUGGUCCUUUGUUGAAUUUGAGUUUAUUAACUUGUUUUAGAACAAGAGAAAACCCAAAACUUGUCCGUGAAUCAUCAGUUGUCGAGUUACACAGUGAUCUCUGUCAAACCAGCAUUUUCUGUCCUCUCCUCUUGCUUCCAUGAAGUCUCUAACCAAAGGUCAAAGGUCAGCUUCACUGCGUUUCCACGGUGAGAGAGCGGUGUGGCUACAGCCGAACAGUCUGGACGAGUUCCUGCGUCUGAAGUCGGAGCAUCCCGAUGCCAGAGUGGUGGUGGGAAACACUGAAGUGGGUGAGUGUGCCGUCACAAACACACAUUUAUAUUUGUUCUGUUAUUUGUUUAUUGAGACAUGAUUUCUUUCACUCAUUCACUCUCUGUGUUUGUGUUUUUUUAGGGAUCGAAGUGAAGUUUAAGAACAUGGUGUACCCGGUUAUUUUGGCUCCGGCGUUCAUCCCUGAACUGAACAAAGUGACUCAAACCGAAGACGGUGAGUGCGCCGUUAUUACCAAACUUCUUCAGAUAAACAAACCUCAGCCGGGAGGUUUUCUUUUAAAAAUCCUCCUUUUUCUUCCUCUGGAUCUACGAAUCAUAAUUACGUCAUUACAUUUAAAUUAUUAGGUGUUUACUUCUCUGUUCACAGGUAUAGUUUUUGGUGCAGCGUGCACCCUCAGCCACAUGGGGGCGGUGCUGAAGCAGGCUGUGCAGACUCUUCCUCCUCAUCAGACAGAAGUCUUCCUCGCCGUCCUUGAGCAGCUGCGCUGGUUUGCUGGACUGCAGAUUCGUAAUGUAGCCGUAAGUUGCGUAUUGUGCAAAGCAGCAGACUAAAAGGUGCAAUUCCUCAUUUUUUAAGAUGUGAGAUUACAAAAGCCCUGAUCUAAAUGGGACACAAAUCAGGUUCAGGUCUGCCCAGAGUAAAUUAAAAACACCUCAAAACAUCUUACCGUGCUUUAAAAAGAGUUUGAUAACGAUAAAUUGUCACAUAUUUUACUAAAUUUGUUUUAAUAUGUUAAACAACAAUCAUGUUUUGAUGUUUUCAGGCUGUCGGAGGAAACAUCAUGACAGCCAGCCCCAUAUCAGACCUCAACCCUGUUUUUAUGGCUGCAGGCUGCAAACUGACUCUGAUGGACAAGGGUAAAACACACACCUAUACUCACACACACACACACACACACACACACACACACACACACACACAUAUCUGUUACGGCAGACUGUAUGUAUUGACUGAGGUCAGAGUUCAGAGAUAAAACUAAAAUCGUAAACAUAUCCACGUUUCCUUUGGCGGACAUCUUUGACCUCACUGAUCUCCUUAUUUUGGUUUUAUUUUGAAAUCAUUUUACGGUGUGAAGUUUUAAAGAGUUGUCAUGACACCAACGUUGAUAUGAACAUGAAUAUAAAUGUGAGAACUCUUUUUUUUUGUGGUGUGUUUACUGGAUUCCUGUCUGUAGGUGUUCAGGUCCUCUGAAGUCCAAAGUCUUGAAAGUUUCAGACCCCUGGGUCUUAAUCUGUGCUCAUAAAAGUGUUUUUAUCACAGUUAAAGAAGCUUGUAGAACGUGACACUGUGAAAUGAAUAGAUGUGUCAAAUUAAAGUUGUGUUCAGAUCGCAGUAAUUUGGCUUCGCUGGUCGCAUUAACCUUCAAUUAUAAACUGAUUUAAUCAAAGUGAUCAAUGAUAUCCAGAGUCAUGUUGUUGAUUGUUAUUUGUUUGUAAACACACCAGGUGCUCAGGUAAUUAAAUCUUGACCUCUCUGCUGACCUUUGACCCUUGACUCUUACAGAUGGCAGCCGUGUGGUUCAUAUGGACGACGGGUUCUUCACGGGAUACAGGAAGACAAUUCUGCGACCACAAGAGAUCCUGCUGUCCAUUGAGCUCCCCUACAGCAAGAAGGUUGGAUACCACAACUGUCUGUUACCUAGCAACAUCUGACUGUUACACAGCAAUAUCAGACCGUAACCCAGUCACAACUUAUGAUAACCAUGCUAACACUAAUGCAGCGUUCGAGUUACCUCGGAAGUCAGAAGUCCGAGUUACGUCACAUCCGAGUUACAAGCGUUUCAGUUACCAAGUCAGAAAAACAAAGUGUUACUAAGAAAACACUGACUGUUACCUAGCAACCACUUAUAACUCAGCAACAAUACACCAUUACCUAGCAAGCACUGACUGUAAAUCUUGCAACCACAAUCUUAUACCCAACAACCAAUGCAUGUAACAAGGAUCUCCAUAUUGUUACCUAGCAACAUGCUGGUCACCUUGCAAAACCUUACCAUGUAAUGACUAUCUGUUACCUAGCAACAACCCGCUGUUACCUUGCAACAACUGUCAGUGUCUGUUUUCCAUCACCAUCCAGACUCUGACGUUGUUGUUUUCCGUUUCUGUGUUCAGUCUCAGUUCGUCUCCGCCUUCAAACAAUCACCUCGUCGGGAGGAUGACAUCAGCAUCGUCACGGCGGCGAUGAACGUCACCUUCACUCCAGGGACUGAUGUCGUCGAGGACUUGAAGCUAAGCUAUGGCGGCAUGGCGGCGACCACGGUGCUAGCGAAGAAGACUGCAAACAGACUUCUGAAAAAGUAACAAACGAGGAUUAUAUUUCAAAAUAAAAGCCUGAUGAGAACAAACAAACUGACUCUUUUUUAUGCCAUCAGACGCUGGGGGGAGGAGCUUCUGCAGGACGCUUGUUCCUUAUUGGCUCAGGAGAUGAUCCUUGACCCUUCAGUGCCAGGCGGCAUGGUGACAUACCGGCGAACUUUGACCCUCAGUCUUUUCUACAAGUUCUACCUGACGGUGCUGCAGAAGCUCCGAGCGCAGGUCUCUAUGCUCUUAGACAACAGUCGUUUUGUGUCGGUGUUAGCGUUUCGUGGUCAUGAUGUCGUGAUGCUGCCUGUUUUCAGGGCGUGGCUGUGGAGGAGGUUCCCUCUGACUGUCUGAGCGCUGCAGAGAUUUUUCACCCAGAGACUCCAUCAAGUGUCCAGGUCUACCAGGUACACCUAGGUUUGUCACUUUCACAGGAUCUGAGUGUUAAAACGAACACAGGUGGGAAAUUAUUUAACUUUUCAUGGUUCCACUUUGAAUCUUUGUAGGCAGUGCCAGAGGGGCGGAGCCAGGACGACUCAGUGGGCCGUCCCAUGAUGCACCUGUCAGCUUUAAAGCAGGCCACAGGGGAGGCGGUUUACUGUGACGAUGUGCCUCUGUAUGAAAACGAGCUUUACCUGGCACUCAUCACCAGCACCAAGGCUCACGCUAACAUCCUGUAAGACACACACUCUUACCUGUACAACACACACACACGUGUGCACACCUGUCCUCACUGACCAGGUGUGUGUCUCAGCUCUGUAGAUGCCUCAGCAGCAGAGCGGAUGCCCGGCGUGGUCUGUUGUGUGUUUGCUGAGGAUAUCCCCGGUUGUAACGCAACUGGACCAAUCGCUUACGAUGAGACUGUCAUCGCUAACCGCCAGGUUUGUGUUUGAAUAAUCGACCAAUCAGGUGGUCCUGUUGAGACGAGGUGCAUGAUGUGUUCCUUCUCUCUGCAGGUGACCUGUGUGGGCCACAUCAUGGGUGCAGUGGUGGCUGAUACUCAGCUCCACGCUCAGAGGGCGGCUAAAGCUGUGAAAGUCCAGUAUGAAGAGCUGCAGCCGAUCGUCACCAUCCAGGUGAGACCAGCAACACCUGGACCACACCUGAGUCCACAUUUAAUAUUUAUGGUGACCUGUCAGCAGCUGGCUAACAAAGUGUUCUGGAAUCUAAUAGUUCAGGUAAAAACGAUUUCUGUUAAUCUAUAUGACAGGAAGCAAUCGCAGCCAAGUCCUUUUACCAGCCAAUCAGAACCCUCCAGAAAGGAGACCUGGAGGCGGGGUUUGAACAGGCAGACCACAUACUGGAGGGUAGGACCAACUUUGUCUGUCUGUGACAUCCUCUUGUGUACAGGUGAUUUAUAACAUCAAAAUAAUCUCUGAUGAUUGGUUGGUUACCUGACAGGUGAGAUGCACAUUGGAGGUCAGGAACAUUUCUACCUGGAAACAAAUGUCACAUUGGCUGUUCCCAAAGGAGAAGAUGGAGAGAUGGAGCUCUUUGUUUCUACUCAGUCAGCCGCCAAAACACAGGUAACAACACCUGAAAACACAGGUAACAGAACCUUAAAACACAGAUAACAGGUAACAACACCUGAGAACACCUUAAAGCAACACCUGAGAACACAGGUAACAACACCUGAGAACACGGGGAAGAGGUAACAACACCUGUAAACACGGGAAAGAACACCUAAAAACACAGGUAAUGAAACCUGAAAAUGGAGGUAACAGGUAACAACAACCCUGAAAACAAAGGAAACAACACGUGAAACACAGGUAACACGUAACAACAACUGAAAACAACACCUAAAACUGCUUCACAAAAUCUAAAAACAACACAGGGAACCACAUCCUUGACCACACCUAAGACCUGAAAACGCAGGUAACAACACCUGAAACACAGGUAACAGGUAACAACACCUGAAAACACAGGUCUCCAAAAAAACAGCGUUAAAAGUCAAAAAAUUGUUCGACUUUAAAAACAUCACUUUUGUAAGUAACAAACUUUUUUGUGUGUUUGUCAGUCUCUGGUGGCGAAGGCGUUGGGCGUCCCCGCCAACAGGGUGGUGGUACGGGUGAGGAGGAUGGGCGGGGGCUUCGGGGGGAAGGAGAGCCGUACCACUGUGUUGUCUACUGUGGUUGCCGUGGCAGCAAAUAAGUAGGUUUAUCGGCCAUUUUGUUUCUAUUGUUAAUUGAAUUUGAGGUUAAUUUGAAUUUCUUGGUGGUCGUCAUGGUGACAGGUUGAAGAGGCCGGUGAGGUGCAUGCUGGACAGAGACGAGGACAUGCUGAUCACAGGAGGGAGACACCCUUUCUACGGGAAAUACAAGGUGGGAUGGCGCCCCCUGCUGGAGCCUAAAAUUACUGGGCGUUUUACCUGUUUUUCUGACUCCUCCUCUUCCUGUUCAGGUGGGUUUCAUGAACAGCGGGAAGGUCGUCGCUCUGGAUGUGUCGUAUUACAGUAACACUGGGAACUCCACGGACCUCUCUCUGUCCGUGAGUAUUUCUACUUUCUUCAGAGAACUUUUGGCGAUGAUGAGGAUGAUGAUGAUAUUGAUGAUGAUGUCACCUCCGAUUCAUUAUCGAGGUCAUGGAGCGCGCUCUGUUCCACAUGGUGAACUCGUACAGCAUACCAAACGUGCGCGGCCGCGGCUUCCUGUGCCGCACCAACGUGCCCUCCAACACGGCGUUCAGGGGCUUCGGGGGGCCUCAGGGCAUGAUGAUCUGUGAGAGCUGGAUGUCGGACGUGGCGCAGAGUCUGGGCCGGCCCGCGGAAGAGGUACGCAGGUGGACAGGUAGACUCUGACAUGAUGGACAGGUGAACGAGCAGCGUCCAAUCAGUGAGCGUUCUCUUGCAGAUACGAAGGUUGAACCUUUUCGUGGAAGGUGAGUUGACGCCAUACAACCAAACCCUAGAUCAGAUCACACUGGACCGCUGCUGGGACGAAUGCCUAUCCCGCUCCGGAUACCAGGAACGGCGAGCUGCUGUCGACAUUUACAACAGGUAAAAAUCAGGUCACAUCAGGUCGAACUUUCAGAGUGUUGUUGAGUCCGGGGCGACCUGAUGGGUUGAAAUCGACUCUGUUUUAUGUUUUCUAAAGCCAGAACCGGUGGACCAAACGGGGCCUCACCAUCAUCCCCACCAUGUUUGGUAUCAGCUUCACCGCCGUCUUCCUCAACCAGGUGUGAUCUGGCAGACACUGUCAUCAGACUGUGAAGGCUGAGUGGUUGUUGUGGUGUUUUCAGCGUUAGUGUUUGUGUGUGUGUGUGUGUGUGCAGGCCGGGGCUCUAGUUCACAUCUACACUGACGGCUCGGUGUUGUUGACUCACGGGGGGACAGAGAUGGGACAAGGACUCCACACCAAGAUGGUCCAGGUACCCAAACUAAAAAUAAGAUCUUCUGAACUUUUCCAAACUUUACUUUUAUUUUCUGUCAUAUAUAAAACUUGUGCGUGCGUCUGUGUCCAGGUGGCGAGCAGAGUUCUGGGAAUCCCCUGUUCAAAGAUCCACAUCUCAGAGACCAGCACCAACACGGUCCCCAACACCAGCCCCACGGCUGCCUCUGCCUCCUCAGACCUCAACGGAGGCGCCGUGCAGAACGCCUGUGAGACCCUGAAUGAACGUCUGCAACCGUACAAGAACAAGAACCCCAAGGGAUCAUGGGAGGACUGGGUGAGCGGGGGAUUACAAAGAUAGUACAGUGGUUGAGUUUUGCGGAUGUUUACACUUUUAUCCAGUUUGUCUCUGUAUGUGUUUUUUUUAGGUGACAGCAGCAUACUUCGACAGAGUCAACCUUAGUGCAAACGGCUUUUAUAAGUGAGUUUGUUGUUUCUUCUCAGUGAAUCUCUGUCUGUAAAAAUGUUGGACAUUUUUCUGAAAAUGUUCUUCUCUGGUCAGGACUCCAGAUCUCGGUUAUGACUUUGAAGCAAACUCGGGCCGAGCCUUUAACUACUUCAGCUACGGAGUCGCCUGUUCAGAGGUGGAGAUCGACUGUCUGACUGGAGCACAUAAGGUCAGAACUCAACCAGGAUCAAAUCAGCUCAAAACAAAAGAGAGAGGUCAUUGAAUUAUUUGGUCUGUAACGGUUGUCUGCUAACUGUCUGUCUGCUUGUUUUCAUAGAACCUGAGUACGACUAUAGUGAUGGAUGUUGGUCACAGUCUGAACCCGGCCAUCGACAUCGGACAGGUGAGGACAUCUUUAAAAGGAUCUAAGCUGUAAACUUGUGGUGUACUCUGUUGCGCCCCCCUCAGAUGGUGCUCUCCUCUUUUUCUUCAGGUGGAGGGGGCGUUCAUGCAAGGUCUUGGUCUCUUCACACUGGAGGAGCUCCACUACUCUCCGAAAGGUGUCCUCCUCACACGGGGUCCCGGCUCCUACAAGAUCCCGGCGUUUGGCGACAUCCCCACCCAUUUGACGGUGUCACUGCUGCGUGACGCUCCAAACCAGAAGGCCGUGUUCGCCUCCAAGGUGAGGAAACAUCUCCAAAAAAACGCUCAGGUUUGAACACAGACGGCUGAUUUUGAAGUUCUCGAUUGGUUCUCCGUCAGGCUGUCGGCGAGCCUCCUCUCUUUCUGGCAGCGUCGGUUUUCUACGCCAUAAAAGACGCCAUCAGUGCUGCCAGGGCGGAGUCAGGGAUAAGUGGGCCCUUCAGGUUAGAUAGCCCCGCCUCUGCUGAGAGGAUCCGCAACGCCUGCAGCGACCGGUUCACCAAACUGGUACAGAGACAUUUUAAAAAUCUGACUUAUGACGUGAAAGUAAAAAAGUGAAGUUCUUGACGUAAAUCCUGUUUUCUUCUUCGGUUGCAGUGUCCUCCUGCAGAGCCCGGCUCCUUCACCCCCUGGUCUGUUCAGGUCUAAGACCCUCCCCAGAUCCUGGCCGAACAGUCUGUAAAUACAAACAUGAAAUGUACGCUGUUUUAAAACACCAAUCUGCAACGUUUUUACCCUUAAAGCUCUCAGGGAGUAAAAGAUGAUUUCAUUUUCACUCUUUAAAGGGAUAUUCCGGAGUAAAAUUAAUUAAGGGUCAAACACACCGUAACACCAAGUUAGACAACUCACCUGCUCUAUUCCAGCAGCUGCUUGUUUGUAGUGAGACCUCUGGGCGAGUCCAUCGACUGCAGCGGGGUGACGCAGCUCAAGGAAGAACAUUUAUGAUGAUUUCUUUAUCUUUUCCUUGAAGUAAUAAUUACCAUAUUAAUCAUUUUUCACUGCAGACGCGGUAGUUCUUCUGUCUUAGCGUCUCGGUCUGAUUGUAUUUCCAUGAAGAAAUGAUCAGAAAUGUUCUUCCUCGAGCUGCAGCACCCCGCUGUAGUCCGUAAUGGACUGGCCUGAGGUCUUUCUACAAACAAGCGGCUGCUGGAAGAGAGUAGGUGAGAAAUUAGUCAAAGUUAAAAAGAUGUUUGGUGGCUGGGACUCUAAACACUUGAAACCUGAAGUUUACAUACACUAUAUAAAAAAAGCACCUAACCUUUUUUUCCUCACCAUCUAAAAUUAAAUCAGAUUAAACUUUUCCUGUUUUUGGUCAAUUAGGAUGACCAAAAUUAUUUUUAUUUGCUAAAUGCCAAAAUAAUGGGAGAGAGAAUUUUUUAGACAAUGUUUUAUCACUUUUUCAUGAGGCAAAAGUUUACAUACACUUCAUUAGUAUUUGGUAGCUGCCUUUAAAUUGUAUGACUUGGGUCAAAUGUUUAGAUGUUCUUCCUUGAGCUGCGUCACCCCGCUGUAGUCUGUAAUGGACUGGCCUGAGGUCUCGCUAUAAAACAAGCGGCUGCUGGAAGAGAGUAGGUGAGUUGUGUUUAGUCUCUUUGCUAAAGAAAUGAGUCAAAGUUUAGUACUAUGGCUGUGACCCUAUAUGUCCUGUUGAUGAAGUUAGGUGCUGUUCUGAGCAUUAUUUGUGGCUAUAGAGUGGUGUUUUGGUUGAGCGCGUGGCUCUCUGUAUUUCUAUCCUGUGGUCGUUACUAAAGUUGGUAUAACUAGAGAAGCAAGCGGUCGACAACAUUCAUCUCUGGAGGGGGUGUCUAACUCGGUGUUACUGUGUGUUUGACCCUAAAUUAAUUUUACUCCAGAAUAUCCCUUUAAAAACCUGAAAUAUUUGUAAUCAAUCGGGUUUAAAUCAGCAGAGAUGGCGUUAACACCACCUGAUGUUGAACCUCUUCCCCUCAAACAAACUAACAUGAACCAGGAUGUUGAACCACAUUUUAAAUGAAGUUGUGAUGAUUUCGUCUGUUUUGUAUUUCAUGUGAAAUUGAAUAAUUGACCGUUGUAAACGGAUUAAAACUUCAUGGCACAUUUUUGAAGGAC